CUGUGGCCUGGAACAGACACUAUUCAUCUGUUUGAACUAUGCCAAGGAAAAGAAAGCUGUUGGCUCAAAUAAGUGCUCUCCAAAGCAAGUCCAGCAUCCCUCCUUUUGAUGGCUUGGAGGCCCUGAAUGUCACUCCGGACAGGGAUUCUUCUCCCAAAAGCAGCAAGUACUUUAUGGUAGAGAAGAAAAAUUCUUCCCAUCUAGAAUUGGAUUUUUUUAACCAACCCUGUAUUAGUCUGGCCAAGUCUCUUCUGGGACAGAUUUUAGUUCGCAAACUUCCUGAUGGCAGAGAACUCCGGGGGAGGAUUGUUGAAACAGAAGCUUAUCUGGGUGGGGAAGAUGAGGCUUCCCACUCCAAAGGUGGGAAGCAAACUCAACGAAACACGGCGAUGUUCAUGAAACCAGGAACUCUGUAUGUGUAUCAGAUCUAUGGCAUUCAUUUCUGCAUGAACUUGUUCUGCACAGGGGAGGGGGCUGCAGUCCUGCUUCGCUCGCUGGAGCCUCUGGAGAACCUGGACGCGAUGCGAGCGCUGCGCAGCGCGUCGAGGAAGGCGCCCGCGAAGGCGCCCAAGGACUGGCAGCUGUGCAAUGGGCCCUCCAGGCUCUGCCAGGCCUUCGGCAUCGAUAAGGGCUUUGACCAAAGGGAUCUGGCUCAAGAUGCAGCUAUUUGGAUGGUGUCUGGGCCUGAACCGCCGGGAGAGCACGACGUGGUAGCUACGGCCAGGAUUGGUAUUGGCAACAAGGGAGAGUGGGCACAGAAACCUCUGAGGUUUUAUUUAAGAGGCAACAAAUAUGUGAGUGUUGUUGACAAGAAGGUGGAGAGAGAGAUGGCAGCACUGAGCUCCUCCUCCUUGAACUGACCAGUCCUGCAGGGGUGCCAAAGAG